UCGAAAAUGCUUUUAAGAAUUGUUUUCCUUGUAUUUCUUGUCUCAUCUUUAUCUGCAUUUGAAACAGAGCAGUAUGCACCUGCAAUAAGAAAAACUCGUUUUGCCACCAACAGCCCAUCGGAAAUGGUCCGCUGUCUGAACAGCGCUCCACAAGCAGGUUGUAGCACAUUCUCCUGCCUGGAAAAUUCUACUUGUGACACUGAGGGUAUGCAUGACAUCUGUAACAUUUUCCUUCAUGCAGCGGCAGUUUUUAACACAGAGGGUAAGACUUUUUUCAAGGAGACCAUCAAGUGCAUUGCCAGUGGCAUCACUUCCAGGGUUUUUCAGACAAUUCGACGCUGUAGCACCUUUCAAAAAAUGAUUACAGAAGUACAAGAGGAGUGUUAUAAAAAAAUGGACAUCUGUGAGGUAGCUCGCUCAAACGCAGAUGUCAUUGGAGAGGUGGUUCAGGUGCCCAGACAUUUUCCAAACAGGUACUACAGCGCACUGCUACAAAGUCUAUUGGAAUGUGAUGAGGAGACAGUAGAAGUAGUCCGGUCUGCCCUUGUAGCUAGGCUAGGUCCUGACAUGCUUGCACUAUUUCAGCUGCUGCAAAAGAAGCCCUGUCCUCAGGACCUUGGUCAUGGUCCUGCUGGUAUGGAUAACCUUGAGGGUUUCCGCUGGCCCAUGGGAGCACCCAUGUUCAAGAUCCAACCUGAUUUGCACAGGGAACCAAAUCACCUCUUUGCCAAGAAACGUUCUGUUGAAGAUAAGAUGCUAAACACAUUAUAGAAAUUAUUAAGAGAAACCUUUUAUUUUUAAUUACCACAAAUGUAGGCAAUCCGCCAUGACAAAUAUCAUAUACAAAAUGAUAUUUUAGUGUUGCAGUGACAAUAGCAAAAUAAUGGAAGCAGCUUGGAAGAUAAUCUGUACUCUGGCAAA